GAAUCUUUCAACGGACCGAGCUCACGGUGUUUGUCAGAGUGUAUGAUUCUCGGGAAUCUUUCAACGGAUUAUGUUCAUUCCUUGUGUAUAUUGUAAUUGCAACGGACUGAGUGAGUACAUAUAUAUUACAUAGUGUAUGUUAUAACAUUCGCAAAACAAUCAAGAUGUAAAAUAGUUUUUAAUGGUUUACAAAACAACAUAGUUUUCAACAAAAACUCGGUGGCCUUGCGCCUGUGCUCUGAACACUGGUGCAUCAUCGAUACCACCCACGGCGACCUCUGACCGCUAGCGUCAUGGUCUCCAUGGCGACGACUCCGACUCAGGUGUGCAAGGCAAGAUGGCGGCUGCAGCCAGAGAGAGAGACCGGGAGAUUGAGAUGGCGGUUCCCAACUGUUUACACUGGAGCUGCGAGGAUGUCGCCGACUGGAUCGAGCAGCUCGGCUUCCCACAGUACAGGGAAUGCUUCACUACAAACCUGAUCAACGGCAGGAAGCUGAUCCAAGUGGACUGUUCCUCCCUCCCCAGACUGGGCAUCACUGACUUUGAACACAUGAAGCUGAUUGCCCGCAGCGUACGCGAACUGCUCAGUAUCGAAGAACCGCGGUGGGACCGCAGCAUCUCGCUCCACCCCCGCGAGCCAAUGGGCAUGUUCUUGGAGAGGAAGAGCAAAACAGGAAAAAGAGCAGACAACCUCACAUACGCUGGGUUCCUCAAGGGGAAAUAAUGGGACACUUUGAACAUAGGGGACACAAAGGGAGAAUUCAAUACGAAAUGUUGCAGAUGUCAACUUUUUAUUUGCAGUAUGGAGACGGUAUUGUACAAAGGUUUAUACUGUUUGAAACGAGGGUUUAAGUUAAAUACUUUUUGAACUAACAAGAGUAAUACAAUUAAUACUAGUAUUUGACGUGUGGAAACAGAUCUUUUAACUCUAUAUACUAUUUGAAUGAAAUGACAAAUUAAUAUAAUACAUACAGAGCUAUUCAAUGAUGUGAGGGUUAGUGUUAUUCUGACACUGGAGAGCAAGACUUGUGAAAGAAAUAUUAUGUGCCAACUAAUUGACAAGCCAUUUUACAUUUGUAUGAAAAUACCAUACUGUAUCUUAGAACCUGUAGACAUCAUUUUUGAAUACUUAAAUAAUAUCAAUACAAUUCUAUAGCAUUUACAGAUUAAGUUUCUUUCAAUAUUUCAUACAUUACGCCAACUUUUUUGCCUGGCCCUCUAUAUUGUAUCUUACACCAUGUAAGCGAAAUCUGUAGAUUUCUAGACUUUUUAAAGAAGUAGCACU